AGAGGUUCUGUUGCGGCCACGUACAGAGCGGUUAGCAACCGUUAUUUUUCAAACUACACAGACAACAGAACCCUAGAAACCACUUCGCUUGCAAAAUCGAUUCUCUGCAGUCUCUUCAAUGCGGUUCCAAAUCUUUUUGCUCUUCCUUCUCCAAUCAGCUUCGAUUGUUUCUCUGUCCGUGCAAUUCCAGAAUAACUCUGCAAAUGCACCAUCAUUUUCAGCACAGGGGCCUUCCCAAAAAACUGCUUGCAGGCUUUCCAAUCCUCUAAUUGGAUAUGAUGGGAGGGUAUAUACUUGUUCUGAAAGGAACCUAUUUGCUUUUGAACGGAAUGGUUCUAUUUCUUGGACUGUCCCUCUAAACUAUACAUGCAAUGUUGGUAUAGCUCCAGUUCAUGGAGAUAGAGGAAAGAUAUAUUUGGUUGCAGAAAGCAGAGUAAUGAAAAUCAAUCCUUCAAAUAUUGGAACAACUGAAUCUGCUGCAGAAGUGUUCUUUGGUCCAGAACCAGGUCAAGAGGUAUCAGGUGAAAUUAUAGGGCUCUCAGUGAGCACGUCAAGUUCGUCUGUAUUUAUUAAUGUUAAAAACCGGGGACUCUUUGCAUACAGUUUAGAUGGACAUCUGCGCUGGAGUGCUGGACCUGUGCUUUAUCGAUUUGGCUACCGUCAAGGUUGUAAGCAGAAUGUUAGAGACUGUUAUUUUUCUUCAACCCCAGUGAUUGAUCGAUGUGAGGCUAGUAUAUAUAUGUCAAAUACAGAAGGAGAAAUCUAUUCAUUGUCAGUUCGUAGCCCUCAAUUUAAAUGGAUCCAGGAUUUUAGUUCAUUUGACAAAGUUUUCACCAUCACCCCUGGAAACAAUGGUCGUCUGUAUGUUACUGUACCAGUUAGAGUGCUUGUGUUGGCACUAGAUGUUACUACCGGAAACAUUCUGUGGCAGAGGAAUACUGGACCAUUAAGUACAACAGAAUGUGCACCAGUUGUUGAUUCAAAUGGCUGGAUAUCUAUUGGUUCUUUGGAUGGGUUUCUAUAUUCAUUUUCACCAACUGGGAGUUUAAAAAAAUUCCCAAGAGCAGCUGUACUAGAUUCUGUGGUUCAAGUUAGUCCACUUCUUGAUUGCUCUGGCUAUGCAGUUUAUAUCUCUCAGACAGAGAUGGAGGAAAAGAUUAGCCAUGUCACUGGUGAAUACACUUGUAUCUCAGCAUUGAAACCCAGAAAUGUAGUAUUCACAAUGUUGGCUCCAUCAACUGGCUCCACCUAUUGGUCUAAAAGCUAUCCUGGGAAGUUCUCAUCCUUACUCGUUGAGACUGAUCUGCAAAAUUUUGUACUGGAUGAGAGCGUCCUUCUUGCUUUUGUUGCUGCUUCAAAGAUUGGCAAUCCGCUGCCAUGUCGAACCACAUAUCAAAAGCUUGCAGCUAGUUGUUCCGAGGCAAGGCCCAAGUAUCUCAGCAUCUACACGGGUAAUGAAAGGGCGAUACUGUUGUUCUUGUUAUUCGAAUCUGCUGUCCUAGUCCUACUAGCUGGUCUUGUACGGUUCUGUUGUAUAUUUUGGAGGAAAAAGAAGCUUCAGGGUCAAGAUCUCGGAAAAUUCUUAGAAAAGCGGCAUUCUCUUCGACUCCAAAAAAAGGAAUUUGACAGGACAAUCACCGAGCUAGAGAAAAAGGCUGCAGAGGAAGCCUCCACCAGUGCAGUGCUUGAAAAAUUAGGGGAUUUGGUCCAGGAGAGGGAAGGCAUACAGAGGAAGCUCUCAACAACGUACAGUUUGGGCAGGGAUGUGACUGGCUUACACAGAAAAACUCUCCUCCCAUUAUAUGAUGGGAAAACAAGAAGCUAUUCUUUUCAAGGUGCUAAGAAAGAGAGUGUUACAAUUUUCCACACUGUAAGUGAUGCCUCAUCAGGAGAAAGCUACGGUGACCGAGAGAUUAGCUGGCAUUCCUUCGAAGACAAGGAGUCUGCAGCCAAGGCAAAGGCAAAGGCAAAGGCAAAGGCACCUAUAGCAGAUGGUAGCUCUAGUGAUGAUAGGAUUUGCAAAGAAGAUUAUCUGGGAAGUUCAUCUGAGCCGGCAUCAAGCUCGACAAGUUCAAUGAGCCCAUUAUUCAUGGAGAAACCAUUUGAAGAGCUGAGGGAGGUCAAACCAGCAUGAUGAAGGAGAUGCAAUGGAGUCGAUGCAGAAGAGUGAUAUGAGCAUAUGGCUGAAGAGGAGAUCCCUGUCUUCAACAAACUAGAAAGCGGAACCUUGUAAUCUUAAUCUUUAAUCAACUAGAAGGCAUCCUGAUUUUUAGUUUCAUUCUGAUGUCUGACCAGUAAUUAUUUUCAUGACUACAAUGUUGAGUUGGUGUUUUGGAUAAUCUGUUCGAUAUGCCAUGGUUAAAUUCUUUGGUC